CGGAGGCCCAUGGAGGACGCCUACGCCAAGUCCGUCGCCGAGGUGCUUCAGGCGUUCGGCGUGGAUCGCACCAAGGGCCUCUCGGACUCGCAGGUGGAGCAGCACACGAGGCUCUACGGCAAAAACGUGCUCCCCCAAGAAGAAAGUAAGCUAUCACUCCAAGUUCCCUUGCAGCACAUUACAUAUUACCUGUGUGCUUCAUUUUCAAUAGUGUUCAUCAUAAGAUCAAGUUGGUAUCGCGUAUUCCCAUAUUUUGUUUUUUAGGACCCAAUGGUGGGUUUGACUCCAUCUGAAUUUUUACUCUCAAUCAAUAUUCCCAUAUUUUUGUUGCCAUCAGAACACAGAACUGCUAAUGAGCUUCUCUACCAAGAAUCCAAAUAUGUACCAUUUUCUAUCAUCUGUGAAAGCAUGACAUUAACUCUAAUUUUGCACUGCAGUUGUGUAGUCCACACACAUUGUAUUCUGCAAAAUUACUUAAAUAAAUAAGUUCCUUUCUGUCGCUU